UCAAUUCUCAAAACAACUCCGUCUCUGUAUCUCAUCUCGCGCACCUCUCUCUCACCCCUCUCUCUCACGCCUCUCUUAUUUCUCUCUCGCACCACCCUCUUAAUCUUCUUUGUCUCUCACGCAAGGCACUUCUGUUUAGCACAUACGUUUAAUUGUUUCAAUUACAUCUCAAUUGCGAAUUAGGGCUGUCGAAUUUGGGGGUUUUCAGUUCUGAGUUCAAAUUAGGACUUAUUAACUCAAACUUCUUCGACUAAUCGCUCUCUUUCUUUGUUUGUAGGUACGAUUUGAGUUACUGGGAUUCAAUAUGUGUUAAGUUGUUCAGGUAAUGGUAAGGGUUGAAACAGCUGCAGAGGGAGCGAGCCGAUAGUAGGAACUUGUUCAGGUGUGUUCUGGAGCUGAGGAUGAAUGGGCUGGCUUUCUUAUGUCUAAAGGAGCUUCAGGAGCUGAGGAUGAAUGAACUUGCUUUUGUCUUGCCUGACAGCGGAGCUGAGCAUAUUGUCUCUAAUUUCAGUAACAGAGAAAGCCUUAUGUGUAUCCAAAAUGAAGGAAAUCAUUUGCAAUUAGGAGCUAAAGAUGCUCUUCUUAAUAGCCUUCUUGUUGCAGCUAAAAAAUUCAGCUCGGGUCCCCCACAGAUUCUUCAACUUACUUGGCAGGCUCUUUUGGUCAUUGUUGUACUACAAAAGAAUGCUCUUUCUGUUAUGAAAAUAUUUCAGUAGUAGUGCUGCUUCUGUUGAUUGAUCUAAUCUAGUGAUCAACUGUCAUGUAAAUUGGAAUGUGCAUUUUUAGCGUGUUGGAAAUCCAAGACCAAAGUACAUAUAUUAGGCGAUGCUUGUAUGGCCAAGAGCUUUUUUCACAUACACCGAUUGUUAUUGAGUUCCCACUAAAUGAAUCUGAGAAAUAUAUUGAUGGUGUUGUCCAACUACACGAAAGGAAUAGGAAGCUUCUGCGAUGCUUACUGAGUUGGGUUCAAGCUGGUUGCCUGUCUGAAAUUUCAGCUCCUUCAUUGCCGGCUCAUCCGCUUCGCAGUUUUGUAUUCAACUCGUUGCAGCAAUCCAGAAGUUUCGGACAUCAUUACAUUCAAGGCGCCACCUAUUCUUCACGUGUUAGUGGAAGAGUGAAGAUAUUUUGUUUAUUGAAAGCAAAAUGAAGUUGUGCUGCGCAAAGCUGUGAGUGGCUAAAGUUGUGAGGCGACUAAACUGAUUUGUUAGCUGCUUGGAUUUGGUUGAACUUGUGUAUCUAAUUUGGUUUGUAGCUAUGUUGAAUUGCUUGGAUUUAUUGGGAAUUUUAAUAUUUAAACAGUAUAUUUUCAAUUAGUUUUAUGAAAAAAUGUUGGCAUCGAUUCAUAAAA